UCAGUGAAGAAGAUCUACCAGCUCAAUCCUUUUAUGUGCAUAAUUGCAUUUGGUUAUGCUCGAAAGAAUAAUGAAAUUGUUAUUGAAAUAUAGGAACAAUUUUAAAAUCCGCAAUCUCCCAUAGCCUAAUAAUUGCAGUCUAUAUCAUCAUUGUGUAACGCGUGCAUUUGGCCAAUAGCCGUUUGAAGCUUCAACGGUCGAGUAAUUUAAAAAAUCAAAUUCAAAAACCCUCUAUUCCCCCAUUCUUGUCUACUCCCAUUUCCCUUUCCGUCAAAGAAGAAGGAAUGGCUUCCAAAUCAAAAGCUGAAGAAGAUGAGGAGGUAAAGAUCCCAGUUUUCACAGUGCUGAAGAACAACACGAUCCUGAAGAACAUCUUCAUUGUCAACAAGCCCCCGUCACCGUCAGCCUCAAGAAGCUCUCACGAAGAUGUUCUGAUGGUUGGUCGCCACCCUGAUUGCGAUCUCAUGCUCACUCACCCCAGCAUCAGCCGAUUCCACCUCCAAAUCCGCUCCAAACCCUCCUCUCAAUCUCUCUUCGUUCAAGAUUUAUCUUCCGUUCACGGGACAUGGGUUUCUGGGAAGAAGGUGGAAGCUGGAGCUAGCGUGGAGAUGAAGGCAGGUGACACGCUCAAGAUCGGGGUUUCCAGCAGGGUUUAUCGUCUACAUUGGAUUCCCAUUAACCGUGCCUAUGAUAUGGAAAACCUAUUUCUGUCCCAGCUUGAGGCGGUUCCAGAGGAAGAACAACAAGAAGAGGAAGAGGAGGGAAAACAGAUGUUGAAGAAUUGUAUUCCUGUUGAAGAGGAUGAAAUUCAGUCAGUGGAUUCAAUUCUCAAGUGUAUCUCCUCUUUAUUCCUUGAUGAGAAUUUCGGAGUUACCAAAGAAAAUGACAUUCUAGCCGCAUCCCCUGUGUUGGAAGAAAUGAAGAGUCAAUGCAGAGAUGAAAUGAUUGGAUUUCCAAGCUCUGCUGUUGAAAAUAAACUCUCUGACUCUAUAAUCGAGGUUCAUUCACCACCUGAUAUGAAAGCUGUGAAAGUUGUUGGCCAGGGAACUGAGAUGCAGGGAUUCUACACUCCACCUGGCAAAAUUCCUUCUCAAUUGUCGUCCUGUGAAAACCAGUGGUCCUGCUUGCUUUUUAAUACUGAUCCUGCAUCUUUCGGGGAAGAAUGUGUAGCCGAGGGUAUAGUACAUACAGAAUCUGAGUAUGAGUGUACAGCCAAAGAUACUGGAAAGGUUACUGACAUUUUAUCUGCUGGAGGAGGAGUGUGCAGUUACGACGACACAUGCAGGUCAGUUGAGGAAGUAAUUCCUUAUACGAAUUGUAAACACAUCGAAGUUGAAGAAGUUGGUGUGGAUUCACUACCUGAUGGAGAGAAACAAGAUCCAUGUGGUGAAGAGUUCUCACUGGAUGAGAUACUUGAAGAUAUUGGAAACAAAUACACUGCUGGUAUCUGCUCCUCGUCACUUCAGCUAGGGUCGGAGAAUUUGUCAAUGGCUUCAGAAACUGUUCUGAGUAUUAGGAAUAACAAGACCCUCCAAUAUAAUAUGGAAACCUUUGGAAGUUGCAAAGAAGCAAUGGCUAAAAAAUCAACAAAUAGUAAUAUUUGGUCAAGAAGGGGUAAAGCUGCCAAUGCUCCCCAAAUUCAAACCAGCAAGAGUGCAUCAAGGAGCAAGGCUAGUGCUGAUGAGGAAGAAGACAAUGAUGAUGAAGUCUUCACUCCAGAUAAGGAAAACUUCAGUCCAAAUACCCUUCAAUUGCUAUGCUCCAAAAAGAUGGGCAUGCUUGAAGAAGUUAAGCCUUCCAAGUCUCAAAGGUCGCAGAAGGAUCUUUUCUCUGUUUUGGAUGGGGUGAAAGAAGAAUUAUUUGCUCCAGAUCAGGAAAAUCUCAGCCCAAAUACUCUUAGACUGCAUCAUCUGGCAAAGAAGAGUAUUCUCGAAGAAACUAAAUGUUCCAAAGCUCAAUGUUCACAAAAUUCAGAGAGCCUGUUUAGUGCCAACAUCUAUCCAGAUGAAAAUAUAAUUCCCUCUUCACACACAGAGAAUGAAGCUCCAAAAGUAGCCCCAGAGCACAAAUCACGAAGAAAGCCUUUUGGCAGUCUUGAGUUGGCACAGUGCUCAAAAAGUUCAAAUAGAAAGAUAAUGGCCGCUUCAAAGAAAGAGAACGCAACUCCAAAACUAGCCCAAGAACCGAAGUCGCGAAGAAAACCCUUUGGCAAUCAUAUUGAGCUGGCAACAGAUACUAUGACACUGGAUAACAGAGUGGCAAGGGUGCCCUUCCAACUUCUAAUAGAUGCAGGAGGGACCACCUGUCCUGUUUCUGCUGCAAAAGGCAUUGAUGUUGGUAAGGAUGGACGAAUUUUUGACAUGCACAUCAACCAUUCGGAUAUUUGCUUGGACCAAAAGAGGAGCUGGGAUAUGGUUGUGGACACUGCAACUCUUAUGAACAAGGAAUCAAGGAAUGCUCUACAGCUUUUACAAGGUCUCAAGGGAACUCAAUUAAUCGUCCCAAGAUCGGUCAUAAGGGAGCUGGACAGUAAGAAGAGACAGUACUCCGUUUUUAAAAGAAACUCAGGCGCUUCCUUGGCACUAGAAUGGAUUGAGGACUGUAUGUUGAAGACAAGAUGGUGGAUUCAUGUCCAAAGCUCAAUGGAAGAAGAAAGGUUGAUUGCUCCUACCCCACCUGCUUCUCCUCAAACUCAGUUUAAUGAAGAGAGUUGGACUUUUCCUGCUGCGAUUAUGGAAAUUGCUUCACCGACGGCAGAAGAUCAAAUCCUUGACUUUGCUCUUGCAUAUAAAAGAAGGCAAAAUGAUGGACAACUUGUCCUGCUUAGUGAGGAUGUCACUUUGAAGAUCAAAAGCAUGGCAGAGGGGUUGCUCUGUGAAUCAGCGCAGGAAUUUCGCGCGAGCCUGGUGAAUCCAUUCUCAGAGAGGUUCCUAUGGACCAACAGCUCUCCUCGAGGGCAGACUUGGUCUUGUCAGGAUGAUCAUGUUUUGAGGGAGAAGUACUGUCGUCUGCCGGUGAGGAAGUCAUCAAAGGGUGCUGCAAGUGGAUUGAAGCUCAUUCUGCUUCACAAUUCUCAGUAUGGGAAAUGAUCCGCCCAACUUUAGAGUUCAGUCCAGCCUAGUCCUUAUUUUCCUUGUUGUAUGGACACAAUUUCUCUAGCAGUCUAUUACCUUAUAGAACCAAUUGAUGUACAAAUUUUUAUCCAUCUUGCAAUGAUUCAAAUCCUGCCACAGGGUUAAUUCGAGAAUAAAAUUUAGUGUCAUAUAUAUUGACUCUGUCUACCAAAUGAGAGGACAUAAUAAUUUUCUUA